AUGUACUUCUUGUCUCCUCCAGCUGUAUUAGGGAUAGUCCUGUCCACUUCUCACUGCCCUCUGACCCUGAGGUGUGAGGUGAAAGGAGAGUUUCUGAACCUGCGCUGGUUGCGGGACGGACUGCCACUGCCAGAGGACCAGAGAAUCUCCUUCAAUGAGACAAACCGGACCAUGCGUGUGUCCUGCCUGAACGCCUCAGACCGGGGAACAUACACCUGUCAGGUUUCAAAUGCAGCUGGAUCAUCAGAGGCACAUGUCAACAUCACACCAGUAAACAGUUGGUAUGACCCAAUACUGAUCCUGUACUGUACUGGAGGCACACUUAUUGCCAUCUUAACUUUGUGCAUCAUUUUAUUCUACAUCUGCAAAUAUGGCUGCUGUAGAACAGGUCCAACUGACAGAAGAAGAGGUCAAAGAAGAACAGAUGAUAUCGCAAUGGAAGAGCGUAUAUAUGACGAGCCUGUAUUUCGGCAGCAGGAAGACCCUGAUACUCCGAGAGUGGACCCAUUGCCAUAUGUCUACACAGACUUCAUAAAGCUGAAAGCUCUGCAGGCUGUGAAUAAUGAGCAACCUUCUGAAGACUUUGGCUACUCCACCAUACCAGAACUUCAGAUGAACAUACAGCCUCUUCAAACUCCCACAUGAGCCACUAUAGCAACAGGUCUGCACUGUGUUCUAAUGCUGGACUGAUGCACCCAUGGUACAUUUACUGUCUAUUAAGCAAUCUAGCUACAGCUAGUGGUGUGUUUUGCAGUGACCUCAGCAUGAUUCAUCAGAAUCUCAGCAGAUUUGCAGAACUGAAGCUCUUAAAAGGAAAUCAUGCAGUUUUUGUCUGUAAUGUAUUCUGUGAAUAUUGUAAUUCAAGUGUAAGGAGGUUUAUGUAGCUUCUCUAGUUCAAUGUUCCUCCAGUUUUGGUUCUGAGGCCCACUGCUCUGCACAGUUUAAUGUUUUGCCUGCUGGAAAAACUCCAGUUCAACUGGUGCCCUGCUUGUGGUGUAUAGAUGUAGAGCCAUCCCUGCACUCGAGCAGGCGCAUGGACUCAGUUGCCGUCCUGCUCAGUUUAGUGCAGUGAGUUAACUACUCUGGUACAGGUGGCACCCAGCUAAUACCCUGUGUUAGGCCAAAGCCAUCAGAAAAUGCUUGAAAAAUGAAAAUGAUUUGAAAAUGAACAAAUCUGAUGCAAUUCUAUUACAAAGUACAUUUUGGUUGUUUUUUGGUAAGGAAUUUAACUUAAUAUAAAACGCUGUGGUUUUGUAUGUCAUGUUAUUAUGUAUUCAUUUGUGUGGGCUAGAAUGCUUGGGUAGUUAAAGCAUGUACACUAUACGUCCAAAGGUUCGUAGACACCUGCUUAACAACAAAUCUUCUGCAAUCAAGGGUAUGAAUAGGGUGUUUGCCCCCCUCUUCACUGCAUUAACAGGUUUUGCUCUUCUAAGAAGGCUUUACAUUAUAGACUAUUAUGAGCACUUGAUUGCAUUCAACCUUAAGAGCAUUAGUGAGGUCAGGUGUUGAUGUUGGAUGAUUCAGUUUGGAUCCAGCUCAUCCCACAGGUGUUGGAUGGUGCUUAAUCACUUCAGAGAACUCAGUUCCACUGCUCCACAGCCCAAUCCUGGGGAGUUUUAUACCCCUCUAGCUGAUGAUUUGGCGUUGGGCUUGGUGAUCUUUAUGUUCAACUGCUUCAGAGAGUACCAUUUUAUUGGCAUUGCUUUUCAAUGCAGAUUAUACAAGAUGAUUGUGUGCUAUUGGACUCCUGUGCCAGCAAUUAAAGGAGCUGGUUUUACUAAUUUAGAUGGAAUGUCUGGAUACAUUUGGAUAUAUUGUGUACUUGAAGAAGGACAUUUUAUGUGAAAUUAAAAAUAGCUCCUUUUGAAGGUUAGUAGUAUUUAAA